AUGGCCGACGAGUACGAGCAGAAUCACGUACAUGAAGUGUAUCAGCAGAUUGCUGGGCACUUCUCCGCAACCCGUUUCAAGGCCUGGCCCAUCGUGGAACGAUUUCUUCAGGCGCAGGCUCCCGGGUCCGUUGGGCUGGACGUCGGAUGUGGCAAUGGGAAGAAUUUGACUGUUAAUAAGGAUGUCUUUAUAGUGGCGUCGGAUAGAUCGGAAAAUCUGGCGCGCAUUGCUAUCCAGCAUCAGCCGCAUUCCACCGUCGUGGCGGAUAUCCUCCAGCUCCCGCAUCGGGACGCGUUCUUUGACUUUGCGAUCUCAAUCGCAGUCGUCCACCAUAUGUCGACCCCGGAACGGCGGGUCGAGGCCGUUGCCGAGAUACUGCGGACUCAAAAGGAUAGUCGUCGUGGUUGGGAUAAAGGUGAUCCCCAAGAUAUCAUGGUUCCUUGGGUUCGAAAGUCCAAGUCGGACCAGGGCCAGGAAAAGACCUUCCACCGGUACUAUCAUCUGUAUGAGGAAGGGGAGCUGGAGCGCGAUAUCGAGCAGGCCGGUGGAGUGGUUUUGGAGUCCGGGUAUGAGAAAGAUAAUUGGUGGGCUAUUGCGACGCCCAAGCCCGCUUCCACUUCUGCUUCUGCUUCCGCUUCCUGA